GCAUCGCAAAGUCAAAUUUUUUAAAACGCGGUACACCUCGCCGCUAACAGCCUCCAGCGGCUCAUGCAGGGGAGAGACUGGAGCACCCACAGCCAGCUGGGGGCUGACCCGAUUCCCUAGAAUCCUUGGCUCCAUUCCUCUUUCCUCCUAACGUCCUUCCUCCCCUUUUCUCUCCCCGCACCCCAUCUCUUCUUCCUCCUCUCCCCAGAUUAGCAGCUCCGGGAAACAAAAGAGCUCUGGCUCUCGGGACCGCGGUGCUGGACCAGCACUCGCCUGCCCAGCGCGGCACCCGGUUCCGGGGACCCGGGCUCUCCCGGCUCCCCAUCCCUCCCCAGUCUCCCCCGCCUCCCGCGCCCGCUCUCUGGCUCCCUCCCCGCUCGCUUCCUCCCCUCGCUUCCUCCCCCACCAUCGCAGCGCUGGGAGGAAGGCGGCCGGGGCUCAAGAUGGCUUUAGCCGGGCUCUGCGCCCUGCUCGCCUGCUGCUGGGGGCCGGCGGCGGUGCUGGCCACGGCCGGCGGCGACGUGGAUGCGUCCAAGGAGCUGGAGUGCAAGCUCAAAAGCAUCACGGUGUCGGCGCUGCCCUUCCUGCGCGAGAACGACCUGAGCAUCAUGCACAGCCCCUCGGCCUCCGAACCCAAGCUCCUCUUCUCGGUGCGCAACGACUUCCCGGGAGAAAUGGUCGUGGUGGACGACCUGGAGAACACAGAGCUGCCCUACUUCGUGCUGGAGAUCUCAGGGAACACAGAGGACAUCCCUCUGGUGCGUUGGAGGCAGCAGUGGCUGGAAAAUGGUACUUUACUUUUUCACAUCCACCACCAAGAUGGUGCCCCGAGUCUCCCUGGACAAGACCCAACCGAGGAACCCCAGCAUGAGUCAGCAGAAGAAGAAUUGAGGAUCCUGCAUAUCUCAGUCAUGGGUGGUAUGAUCGCUCUGCUGCUGUCCAUCUUGUGCCUGGUGAUGAUCCUGUACACACGACGACGCUGGUGCAAACGCCGCCGCGUCCCCCAACCGCAGAAGAGUGCCAGUGCUGAGGCAGCCAACGAGAUUCACUACAUUCCUUCUGUGCUGAUUGGUGGCCAUGGGCGGGAGAGUCUGCGCAAUGCCCGCGUGCAGGGCCACAACUCCAGUGGUACCCUGAGCAUCCGAGAGACACCCAUCCUGGAUGGCUAUGAGUAUGACAUCACGGACCUGCGCCACCACCUGCAGAGGGAAUGCAUGAAUGGAGGGGAGGAUUUCGCCAGCCAGGUCACACGCACGCUGGACUCCUUGCAGGGCUGCAAUGAGAAGGCAGGGAUGGACCUCACGCCAGGAAGUGACAAUGCCAAACUCUCACUGAUGAACAAGUAUAAAGAUAAUAUCAUUGCCACCAGUCCUGUGGACUCCAACCACCAACAGGCCACCCUGCUGUCUCACACCUCCAGUAGCCAGAGAAAGCGGAUCAACAACAAAGCCAGAGCUGGUUCUGCCUUCUUGAACCCCGAAGGAGACUCUAGCACAGAGGCGGAAAAUGACCCUCAGCUGACCUUCUACACGGAUCCCUCUCGCAGCCGGAGGCGCAGUCGAGUGGGUUCUCCCAGAAGUCCUGUGAAUAAGACCACCUUGACUUUAAUCAGCAUCACCAGCUGUGUCAUUGGCCUUGUCUGCACCUCUCACGUCAACUGUCCUCUUGUUGUCAAAAUAACCCUCCAUGUCCCCGAGCACCUGAUUGCUGAUGGGAGCCGCUUCAUCCUGCUGGAGGGGAGCCAGCUGGAUGCCAGUGACUGGCUGAACCCUGCCCAAGUGGUUCUCUUCUCUCAACAGAACUCCAGUGGGCCCUGGGCCAUGGACCUCUGUGCCCGGCGGCUCCUGGAUCCCUGUGAACACCAAUGUGACCCCGAAACUGGUAGGCAGGAGCACCGGGCAGCGGGGGAAUGCCUCUGCUAUGAAGGCUACAUGAAGGAUCCAGUCCACAAGCACCUUUGCAUUCGGAAUGAAUGGGGGACAAACCAGGGGCCUUGGCCUUACACAAUAUUUCAGAGAGGCUUUGACCUGGUUCUGGGAGAGCAGCCCUCUGAUAAAAUAUUCAGGUUCACCUACACCCUUGGGGAGGGCAUGUGGUUGCCCCUCAGCAAGAGCUUCGUGAUUCCACCAGCUGAACUGGCCAUCAACCCAUCUGCGAAGUGUAAGACUGACAUGACCGUCAUGGAGGAUGCUGUGGAGGUCCGAGAGGAGCUGAUGACCUCUUCCUCCUUUGAUAGCCUGGAGGUCCUCCUGGAUUCCUUCGGGCCAGUGCGGGACUGCAGCAAAGAUAACGGAGGCUGCAGUAAGAACUUCCGAUGCAUUUCCGAUCGCAAGCUGGACUCCACUGGCUGUGUGUGUCCGUCUGGACUGAGCCCCAUGAAGGACAGCUCGGGCUGCUACGACCGCCACAUCGGGGUGGACUGCUCGGACGGCUUCAACGGCGGCUGCGAGCAGCUGUGUCUCCAGCAGAUGGCGCCCUUCCCGGACGACCCCGCCUUGUACAACAUACUCAUGUUCUGCGGGUGCAUCGAAGAUUACAAGCUUGGUGUGGAUGGACGUUCCUGCCAGCCCAUCACAGAGACCUGCCCGGAGGGAGGUGAUUGUGGGGAAAGCAGGGAGCUUCCCAUGAACCAGACUCUCUUUGGGGAGAUGUUCUUUGGUUACAACAACCAAUCCAAGGAAGUGGCCCCUGGACAGGUACUGAAAGGAACAUUCAGGCAAAACAACUUUGCUCGUGGCUUAGAUCAGCAGCUGCCAGAUGGCCUGGUGGUGGCCACGAUCCCCUUGGAGAAUCAGUGCCUGGAGGAAGUCUCAGAGCCCACCCCAGACCCCGACUUCCUCACUGGGAUGGUGAACUUCAGCGAGGUAUCUGGUUACCCCGUGCUGCAGCACUGGAAGGUGCAGUCUGUGAUGUACCACAUCAAACUCAAUCAGGCAGCUGUCUCUCAGGCUUUCAGCAACGCUCUUCACUCCCUGGAUGGAGCUACAUCACGUGCAGAUUUCGUGGCCUUGUUGGAUCAGUUUGGCAACCAUUACAUCCAGGAAGCUAUCUAUGGCUUUGAAGAAUCCUGUUCUAUCUGGUACCCAAAUAAGCAAGUCCAGCGGCGACUCUGGAUGGAAUAUGAAGAUAUCAGUAAAGGCAACUCUCCAUCAGAUGAGUCGGAGGAGCGGGAAAGAGACCCCAAGGUGCUGACAUUCCCAGAAUACAUUGCAAGCCUGUCAGACUCUGGCACCAAGCGGAUGGCAGCUGGAGUUCGCAUGGAGUGCCAGAGCAAGGGACGAUGUCCCUCGUCCUGCCCCUUGUGUCAUGUGACAUCCAGCCCUGACACUCCUGCCGAGCCAGUCCUUCUGGAGGUGACCAGAGCAGCCCCCAUCUAUGAACUGGUGACUAACAAUCAGACCCAGAGGCUCUUGCAGGAGGCCACCAUGAGCUCUCUCUGGUGCUCAGGGACUGGAGAUGUCAUUGAGGACUGGUGUCGAUGCGACUCCACUGCAUUUGGAGCUGAUGGUCUCCCUACCUGUGCACCUCUGCCACAACCUGUGCUGAGACUCUCCACAGUUCACGAGCCCAGCAGCACUCUGGUGGUCCUGGAGUGGGAACACUCAGAGCCACCAAUUGGGGUGCAGAUAGUAGAUUACCUCAUCCGUCAAGAGAAGGUCACUGACCGGAUGGACCACUCCAAAGUGGAGACAGAAACGGUACUGAGCUUUGUGGAUGACAUCAUCUCUGGAGCUAAGUCCCCUUGUGCCAUGCCAUCGCAGGUGCCAGACAAACAGCUCACCACCAUCUCGCUCAUCGUAAGAUGCCUGGAACCCGACACCAUUUACAUGUUCACCCUUUGGGGAGUGGACAACACAGGACGGCGGUCCAGGCCAAGUGAUGUGAUUGUGAAGACGCCUUGCCCUGUGGUGGAUGAUGUCAAAGCCCAAGAAAUAGCAGAUAAGAUCUACAAUCUUUUCAAUGGCUAUACCAGUGGGAAGGAGCAACAGACUGCCUACAACACCCUCCUGGAUCUGGGUUCCCCCACCUUACAUCGAGUCCUUUAUCACUAUAACCAGCACUAUGAGAGCUUUGGAGAAUUCACCUGGAGGUGUGAGGAUGAACUAGGCCCCAGGAAAGCCGGCCUCAUCCUUUCCCAGCUUGGGGAUCUCAGCAGUUGGUGCAAUGGACUCCUCCAGGAACCCAAGAUAAGUUUGCGACGCAGUGCCCUCAAAUACCUGGGCUGCCGCUACAGUGAGAUCAAGCCCUAUGGGCUGGACUGGUCAGAGCUGAGCCGGGACCUCAGGAAGACAUGUGAGGAGCAGACCCUGAGCAUCCCCUACAACGACUAUGGCGAUAGCAAAGACAUCUAGCACCAUGAGGCCAAAAAGUGGCUGCCCCAAUAAAGCAGGAGACAGAAGUUGGUUUGUUGAUUUUUAACGUUUUUUAAUGUAACAUCAAAAGCUCACAGGCAACAUCUAAAUGAGGGAGCGUGAUUCCUGCUCCCCGCAGAACUGCUUCAGUGUGACAUUCUCCAUCUGCAUGAUCAGUACACCUGCCAGUCAGCAGCUUCAUGCAGUGCCAUUUUUCCCUAGAGGAUUACUUUGGAAUUUGUUUUGGUGUUAAUUUGUUUCAUUCACUUUUUUCCCCAAGAGGGUCAUAAAAAUGCUCAAGAAUCUGUUGUGCUUUCCAUGAAGGGUUUACCAGGUUGAGGUACCUGUGCUCAUUGAAUUCCUGGGUCCUUUGCACCUGGGGACGUGUGAAGCCAGAAAGUUAGACCUUCCUCAUGUCCCACCUUCAGGCAUUCCUUAAGACACAUCUCCCUCUAAGAGCCUAAGCCCUGCUCCAGGGAAAGACACUGAGAAAAUUGGGGGGGAGGGAGCUCCUCAUGGCUCUCUCCCAGGCCUUUCUCCUGCUAUCUGCACACCUCAAAGGUGAACCUGGCUUCCGUUAUAGGGCCAGUGGGCCUCUUGGCAUUUUAGGUCCUCUCCCGUAUUCAGGUAGAACUAAAUCCCACUCCAGCAGAUCUCUGCCCUCUCCUCUGACCAGCAAAAUCUUUGAGAAGCAACAAGGUGCCACCUGUCAAGUCUACCUGCAGAGGAGCUUACUUGGGAAACUAGUUAGCAGCCCACAUUCUCGGAAAUAAGAGGAGUUUGUCAUUUAAAAAAAAAUAUUGCCUCCUUUGGAUGAACUUUUCCAGACCACCGAUCUCCAUCCAAGAUCCUGAAUUUUUUUAUAGUCCCUGUGCCUUUUACCCUGCAUAAAUAAGGCUUGGCUUAUGUUUGGUCUGGGCCAGAGGAAUGCAUACAUCAUGUCAGUGUUUCUGAGAACUAAAACUAUCAUCAGUCUCAAAACAAAACAAGAACAAAAACUUCUGUCCAGUUCACCACAUGCUGAACUUGCUUAUUAUAUCCCUAUUUUUGUCAGUUCUUUCUUUAAUGAUCAUCAGCAAGAGGAGUCUGUGGCUGUCACCCCUCUCUUGCCACCCAUCUAAUUGCUGAGAGUAGCAGGGCCUGUGGGAAUCAAGCACUAACUGAAGUGAAGAGAAAGGUACCAUUUUCACCCACUGCCCAGGCCUACUUAUCAGGAAGUCCAAGCUUCCAGAGACAGCCACAGCCUUCCAGGGCCAUGUCACCCAGUGAUGGCCUUAGCUGUCUCCAACUUGCUAUCAACCACCCUGGCUUUGACCGGGGCUCCUCUUGUGGAAACACAUGACAAAGGUGAGGCAGGAAGUGCAGACCUAUAAUGCAGUCCCUGGGCCUUACUGAUUCUUUCUGGGCAGAAUAAUGGCAGACAGUGUUUAGUGAGUGUUUUCUGCAUGACAGGCCCUGCUGGAAGUACUUUAAACACAAUAUUACUGAAUUCUUACAGCUCCCUGAGGAAGUGCUAUGUUUGUUCACAUUUCAGUCAGAAGGAAACGGGCAGAGAGGUUGCUCGACUUCCCCUAAAUCCUUCAUGUUCUGGCUCCUUGAGCCACAGGAUGAGUUGGCCUGUUGGACCCCAAGGCCUAGGAUUUCAGCCACCCUGUGAUCCUCAUGCUGUUCUCAGCAUGGCCUGCUGUAUGUGGCUGUCAGAACUCCUGGCUCCACAGAGGACCUGCCCAGACAGCUCCACUUUUCCCAAUCACCCAAGCAUAGAUGCCCCCAUCCCCUGGGUAGCGGAAAGGGGAGGAUCCAAGAUUCACCCUUAGACUUGGAACAAGGGCAACCUUAGUAUCAGCGACUCUGAAGGACAUGGCCUUUUCUGCUCCUGACUGAGAACGAAGCCUAUGAAGUAGCUGAAAGCAAGGUUGGUCUUGCUGCCCUCUCGUCCUCUCUGUUUAUUUCCAGAGAAAGAUUGAUCUUGUUCUUUCUAAUCUACCUGCCCCAGAGAUGCCCCUACCAUCUGAGUGAAAGACAGCAACCCUCGGCUAUCCUACUUGUGAUUAAUUCAGGGGUUGCAGCUGAAGUGACUCAUAGGGCAAGUUUUUCACCGUUGCUGGAGAAGAGGAUUGGGCAGGAUCUGGAGCACCAACUUUUUGUUGCUAUGGUUUUAGCAAAGUCCUUGCCGAAAAUCAUGCCUUGACUUUGAGCAGGCCGACGAUGAGGCUAUCACUGCCUUCUUGCCCCAGCAGUGGAGACCUAGGAGCUGACAGCCCAGAGAAGGAGGGCAUGGAGGGCGAUAAGGGUCAUCCCUUUGCCACUUGAGUUUUGUUUCUUUAGCACACUAUCAUCCUCUCUCUCCCCUUUGAGCACUGCUCCAGACACUGCUGAGUCUUUCUGCCUCCUUUUAUCCACUGUAUUUUUGUGUUUUUCCUUUGCUUUUUGAGUGACCUCCUCUCCCCCCCCCUGGUUCUCCCAGUUUCCCUCCUUCCUCCUUUCACCUCUUUCCUUCUUCUGUGUCCUUUUGUGUUCUCCUUACUACCUGUGUGCAUCUUACCACUGGGUCCAACCACUUUCAAGUUCUGAAGGCCAGCAUGAGUGGGACGGGGUAGCCUAAGGAUAGCUGCACAACUAACUGGAGGAUUUCUUUCCCCACUGGAGGACACUUUCAAUCACAUCCUGCCAACGUUUCUCAGUGCUUGCCUGAGGAGGACAUCCUGGUUAGAAGUAAGAGUGAUGGUACCAAACCAGUAUCAAACCUCAAGUUUUAAAGCUGCCAAACAGGUCUUAAGGGAAUCACUUCCAUUCACCAAUACACCCUCAGUCCAGUGUCCCGUUGAGACCUCUGCUGUUUCCUCCUGAGUGUACCUGAACCACUGUAAUGGCUGCAGACCCCUCACUGAGUGUGCAAUUUUCCAUGGAGUUUGAUCUUUUCAUUAUUUUUAGUUAACUGAACUUCUUGAUAGUCAAAUGUUUUAUUGCAAGACUAAGUGUGAACAAAACACUUUACUACUGUAGAAGGAGGGAAGAAUAUAAUGUGACCAUCUUCAACUAUGACAGUGUUGUUUAAAAGAGAAUUAUUGUACGAUUAUAAAAAUGAAAUAAUCAACUAAAUAAUAAACAAGCUGUUAGUAAA